GGGGCGGGGCCUCAGGCAGCGGGCGUCAUGGCGGCGGCGGCUUUGGACUCGGUGCAGAGGGCGUUACGAGAGUUCCCGGCCGCGGCGCGGGAACUCAGUGUGCCUCUUGAUGUGCCUUACCUGGAUGAGGCUCCUACUCCACUCAGCUUCUACAGGGACUGGGUGUGUCCCAACAGGCCCUGCAUUAUUCGAAAUGCCCUGCAGCACUGGCCAGCCCUCCAGAAGUGGUCCCUCCCCUACUUAAGAGCCACAGUGGGUUCUACAGAGGUGAGUGUGGCGGUGACUCCAGAUGGUUAUGCGGAUGCCGUUCGAGGGGACCGCUUUGUAAUGCCUGCUGAGCGCCGCCUGCCCCUCAGCUAUGUGCUAGAUGUGCUGGAGGGCCAGGCCCAACACCCAGGAGUCCUCUACGUGCAGAAGCAAUGUUCUAACCUGCCCACUGAGCUACCCCAGCUGCUGGCUGAUCUGGAGUCUCAUGUACCCUGGGCCUCUGAGGCACUGGGAAAGAUGCCUGAUGCUGUGAACUUCUGGCUGGGGGAGGCAACUGCUGUGACAUCAUUGCACAAGGACCACUACGAGAACCUGUACUGUGUAGUCUCAGGGGAGAAACGCUUUUUGUUACAUCCGCCCAGCGACCGGCCCUUUAUCCCUUACGAACUGUACAUACCAGCAACCUACCAACUAACUGAAGAGGGCACCUUUAGGAUGGUGGAUGAAGAAGCCAUGGAGAAGGUGCCCUGGAUCCCACUGGACCCACUGGCUCCAGACCUGACCCAGUACCCCAGUUACAGUCAGGCACAGGCCCUUCACUGCACGGUGCGGGCUGGCGAGCUGCUGUAUCUACCAUCUCUGUGGUUCCACCAUGUUCAGCAGUCCCAUGGCUGCAUUGCUGUGAACUUCUGGUAUGACAUGGAAUAUGACCUCAAGUACAGUUACUUCCAGCUGCUGGACUCCCUAACUAAGGCUGCAGGCCUUGACUGAUGUAGCCCUGAUGAAUACUGCUAAGGACAUCUUGAGGGAAAGGUUGAACCCCUCCUAGAUUGGGCAAAGGUGCCUGGCACCUGCCUGCUCACUGUGCGUGUCCUGCAGGCCCAUGGUCUGCCUUCCAAGGACUUGGGUGAGUGUGCUGUUCCCCUGGCCCUUUGUUGGGCCAAGGGAAGUGAAGAGUACUGCAGCUGGAUUCAGUGGGCAGUAUUGGUGGGAAGAGACAGGAGGAGGGGUCCUAGAAGAGAGCGCUGGGAGGAGAUUCUUGGUAGAAGGUGGCAGUGGGGCCACCCAUUAGACAUGAGUCUCCACGUGAUGGAGACUCUGGGUGGCUGGGCUGGAAAUGACUGUUGGCUAUCACUGCACACUUGUUCAUCCUCCCUGCAGUGACCCC